UCUUCCCAACAGGGUCCUCACCUGAUCAUUAACCAGCCCGACGAGCUGCUGGACGGCAUGUCCGAGUGGUGCAAGGAGCACCACGGGAAGUCUGGCCUUACUAAGGCUGUGAAGGAGAGUAAAAUCUCGCUGCAGCAGGCAGAGUACGAGUUCCUGUCCUUCGUGCGACAGCAGACACCGCCGGGCCUCUGUCCUCUCGCAGGUAACUCCGUUCACGCCGAUAAGAAGUUCCUCGACAAAUACAUGCCUCAGUUCAUGAGGCAUCUUCACUACAGGAUCAUUGAUGUGAGCACUGUCAAAGAGCUUUGCAGACGCUGGUAUCCAGAAGAAUACGAGUUUGCACCAAAGAAGGCGGCUUCUCACAGAGCGCUCGAUGACAUCAGGGAAAGCAUCAAAGAACUUCAGUUCUACAGAGAUAGCAUCUUCAAGAGGAAAACGGAUGAAAAGAAAAGGAAAGUGAUAGAGAACGGAGAAGGCGAUAAACCUGCCAGCUGAUUUCUCAUCUCGCCAGGCCAUCCCGUGGCACGUACUGGACGUGUCUCCUGGUUCUUUUCUGUUUGCCAGUCUCUCGAGAAGCUGCACCCUUUAGUUCCCCUGUUUCUUAACGGCUGUUAAAACGCGGAUGGAAGCCUGAGUUACUGCUUCUUCCCUGGGCGAGCAAGGAAUCGAGAGGCUCGAGUCUGGGCAGCGCCUCUGUUUGUACGUAGUGGGUAAAGCACGCUGUGUCAUCCUCCU